AAUAUUCGUCGCAUAGUGGUUGGCAAAUUUGCAGGCGCGUACUUAAAUAGAAGAAAAUCCUUUUACUUAUGAGAUUACAGACCGCCCGAGAAAAAUCAAAACUUUGGCCAUAUACGAUUUACGCUUGUAAAUAUAAGUGAAAAGAUUUGUGCUUAAUUCACGCUCAUUAAAACAAUACAAGCUGAUUUAAAACUCAUACACGUUGGAGACAUGGGAGAUGAUUUCCUAGGGAAAGCCGUUUCAAUAGAAUGCGAUGCUAAGCUCGGUGUGUUUCAAGGGGUGAUUAAGGACAUAUCUGAAUCGGAGAUAACUAUUAUUCGUGCAUUUCGCAACGGUGUUCCUUUGAAGAAGCAAGAUGCGGAAGUGACUUUACGAGCAACAGAUAUUGUGAAUAUUUAUUUGAUACCGUCUUUUAAUGGCCAAAAUACUGUCACGCCAGUAGAUUUAAAAAAACCGACAUCGGUAAAAUUGCCGGGCUUCGCAAAUGCUGGAAAAAUUGUUUUGGCAUUAUCUCACAAUAAAGAUGUAUUAGAAAGAGAUCACUCCUCCUCGUUACCUAAUUCCAUUUACCCAAAAUCCAAAGACAACAUAAGUGAACUCACAGAUAAAAUAGCCAAAGUAAAAGUAGAUUCCAGCAAGUAUAAAAGUGUUCAAAAUUUGGAGAGUAGAGUAGUUGAAAGUGGGAAAGUGCCUUGCAAUAAUACUGUUAGGGAAUUCUUUGGAAACUUGCUUCCGCCCAAAGUAGAAGCCCGACUGGGAGCGGCUCAAUUUCCAUCAUCUCCCAAUUCAGUGCAUGUCUAUGACGCUGAUAACUUUGAUGUUGCAAAUGCCUUAUGUGAACAAGCCUCCGCUAGUUCAAGGCCCAUUGAUAUAAAAGUUAAAAAGAAUAACUAUGGAAUAACUGGCUUUCCCAAUGGUCCGGAUAUUUCCGUCAGCGCAAACGGAAAUGGAAAUGGCAGACUACGUUAUGCCAAUAAUGGCUCCAGUAACAAUGGGAGCAAUCGUAAACAACGAAAACAGCUACGUAAAGACGGUAACAUGAAGCAUAACCAAACUUUCAGCGCCUCAGUAGAUGAUCCAAUAUUACAAGAAGAUUUUGAUUUUGAAGGAAAUUUAGCUCUUUUUAACAAGCAAGCGAUUUGGGAUAUAAUUGAAGCCGAACAAAAGCCGGAUUUGGUGCGCCAAACUUCAGGUGCAAUUAAAAAAUAUCGCCACGAUGAGAAUAUAUUGGUUAGUGAGCCCGUAAGACUGCGACAGAUUGAAAAUAUUUUUGACGGCUCUACAGACUUUGUUACUGAUGAAGGGCUCAUAAUACCAACUAUCCCAUCGUUUGUACGAGCGAAAAUUGAAAGUUUAGCAGAAAAGGGAGGUCUUUCUUUGCCAAGACAAUUGGAUAUACUAACAAGGGGUGUUACUGAUCUUGCCAUAUUAUUACUAGGGGGCGCGAGAAGACUUACACCUACUAAUUACCACCAAUGGCCAAUCAUUGUUAUUAUAUGUGCAAAAUCAAGUAAUUUAAGAACUAGUGAUAUUGGCGCUGCUACCGGUCGUCAAAUGGCGUCGCAUGGAUUAAAAGUUUUACUUUAUUUGGAAGAUGAAACUGUGAAUAAUAAAAGCAAAGAGAUUGCGCUUUUCAGCGCUACGGAUAAUGUUGUUGUAUACUCAGUCGAUGAACUGCCUUCUCCUGAUCUCGUAAUUUUAUCAACAAAUUCAAAUACCGUAACGAAUGAAGUCAGAAAAUGGUUGAGUGAAAGUAGGUGAGUAUUGCGUAGUUUAUCAGUCUUCGGUUAGUUCAAAAUACUUUUCUCAUAUUACACAACUUUUUUGAAAGUAUUUCAAUUUCUGCUAAUUACGGCUACGGACGAGACUCUGGGCCGAAAUACAGCAUUCGUGAACGAUUCAAACUCUAUAGCGAAUGUAGCACGAGUAAUCGUGUAUGCAGCGAGUUAAUCCCAGAAUUUGUUUUGCAUGAUUUUUCGUUUCUAAUUUUUCAUUGUUUGUAAUGUAAUGUUUUAUAUUAAAUAUUUAUUAAUUUGCGGUUCGCAGCUUCUUACUCGAUAGUCAAGAACUGUUAGUACGGUGAAAAUGUAUUAGUAAAACUUUCGUGGUAAAGCAAUUAAAAACGUUGGGGUGGUUUCUUUAUUUCGGAGUUUUUAAUACAUGUUGUUUUUUGUGAUUACACUUGUGAAUGCGUAAAGAAUAUUAUCCUAUUGAAAUGAAACUGUCGCGGCGAUAACCUUAUUUAUCAUUUUGAUACGAGUUCGAAAGUUUUCUUUUUU